AUGCGUCCCAAUGUGAGAGAUGCCGAGGGAAGAGAGGGCGAUUUGGCCAUGGACGCCGCCGCACCGGCUGCUGCUCACGACGACGCCUCCGUCCAAAAUGUCAAAGUUCACGGGGCCUUUGAAGAGGUCAGACACGCGAAGCGUGGGCUGAGGCAGCGACACAUGCAGAUGAUUGCUCUCGCCGGCACAAUCGGCACCGGCCUCUUCCUGGCAACGGGCAAGGCUCUCGCCAACGGCGGCCCCUUGGGCCUGGUCCUUUCGUACGGCAUCGUGGGCUCGCUCGUGUGCGCCGUGGUCCUGUCCGUGGGCCGAGCUAAGCGCCCCUCGUUCCUCUUUCGGGGGGCAUUCACCUAUGCAAACGCCAUCCUGCUGCCUUCCGAAAUGGUUGCGUGUGCCGUCAUCAUGGACUACUGGACGCACGUCAACCAUGGGCUAUGCAUCAGCCUCCUCGGCGGCCUCUUGGUCUUGAGCAACAUGCUUGCCUUUGGCGUGUACGGUGAGUUUGAGUUUGUCUUUUCCAUGCUGAACAUUGCUCUUAUUCUCGGCGUCAACGUCAUGAGCAUUUGCAUCACAGCCGGCGCAGGACCGCACGGCGAAUCCAUGGGCUUUCGCUUCUGGAGACACCCGGGGCCGUUUGUCCAGUACGCCGGCAUCCCCGGCUCCUGGGGCCAGUUUGUCGGCUUCUGGAGAGUCCUGGUCGGCGGCGCGGCGUACGCAUUCUCCAACGUUGAGAACAUAUCCGUGGCCGGGGCAGAAACGCAGAGCCCGCGGCACAACAUCCCCCGGGCCGCCAAGCGUGUGUUCUGGAGAGUCAUGGUGUUUUAUAUGCUCACCGAUUUUGUAUCGGACUCAUCGUCUUCUCCGCCGACCCUGCCCUGA